CACAAUAAAGAGUGUUGCUUGGGGGUUAUCCAACGUGGAAGGCUGAGAAUUGGCGGUAAUCACAGCAGCGUGUGGAUCCUGUUGUUUGAGCACUCCUUAGAUGUAGGAGUCCAUAUUCCUCUUCUUUUGAGGCUCUGCUCCAUCAAUCUUGAGAUGAAAAUAAAAGAACUUACUCAUUCAAAAGAUUCAAUAUACAGGGCGUCUUCCUCAUCUACCUCUCCACAUGUAGGUGAUUAUGAAGCCGGAACCAAAAAGCCAAAAGGAAAUGACUAUGAAGUGUUCUUGAGCUUUAGAGGGAGAGACACUCGCAAAGGCUUCACCGAUUUUCUCUAUACUAGCCUCGUUGAUGCAGGAAUUCGCGUGUUUAGAGACAAUAAUGACCUCUGUGUUGGCGAGGAGAUUGGUCUAGAGCUUCUAUGCAGUAUUAUGCAAUCUAAGAUCUCGAUACCCAUUAUCUCGGAGGACUACGCUUCCAGCAAAUGGUGCCUUCGUGAGCUGGCACAGAUUUUGAAUUGCAGGAGAAGUAGAGGGCAAGUAGUGUUGCCCAUAUUUUACAAAGUGGAACUCUCGCAGGUGCAAAAUCUUACGGAAAGAUUUGGAGAUGCUAUCAACGCGCAUAAAAAGAAUUCGGACCAAAUGGUUGUGAAAGAAUGGGAAGAUGCGCUCAAAGAAGUCAGUUCCUUGAAAGGAUGGGAAUCCAAUAAAAUUGAUGAUGGGCAUGAAGCAGUAUUAGUCAAAAUGGUCGUCAGAAGAGUUAUGAGUGAGUUGAAAAGACUUUUUCAACUAAAUGUUCCCGAACAGUUGGUGGGAAUUGAUGAUCGUGUGAAAGAAAUUAUGAGCAAGAUAGAUGCUAAAUUUGGUGGUACAUGGAUUAUUGGAAUUUAUGGAAUGGGCGGCAUCGGCAAAACAACUCUUGCAAAGGUGUUAUACAACAAAAUGUCUAGUCAUUUUGAGGAUCGUAGCUUUGUGGCAAAUAUUCGAGAAACAUCUAAGCAUGAGAGUAUUAUAUGCCUACAAAAACAGCUCAUUUCUGACAUAAUAGGAAAUCCAUGUGAGGUGUCUAAUAUCGAUGACGGAAUCAGUGUCCUCAAAUCUCGAUGUACAAGUAAGAAAGUCCUCACUCUUCUUGAUGAUAUGGAUGAUAAUGCUCAGUUGAAUGCUUUGGUAGGAGACGGUAGUUGGUUUAAAGCAGGAAGUAUAGUCAUCAUCACAACUAGAAACAAGAGUAUUCUUGACAAGGCUAGGGCUGGCCACAUGUAUGAACUCAAUGAGUUGCCUUUAGAUCAAUCAUUGAUUUUAUUUAGUAGACAUGCAUUUCGAAAGGAUUUUCCUUCGAGUAAUUAUGAGGUCUUCUCUUAUGAUGUUGUAUCUAUUACUAGAGGGCUUCCUUUAGCUCUUGAAGUUAUAGGUUCAUUUUUAUGCGGAAAGACAAAGGAAGUAUGGAAAGAUACAGCAAAGAAAUUAAAGAAAGUGCCUGAUAAGAAAGUGCAAGAGACGUUGAGGAUAAGUUACGAAGCAUUAGAGUAUGAGGAACAACAGAUUUUUUUGGAUAUUGCAUGUUUUUUUAUUGGUGUAUCUAAACAAAGUCCGACUUAUAUGUGGGAUGCCUGUGAUUUUUUCCCGGGGAAGGGGAUUGAAAUAUUAAGUCUUAUGUCCCUCAUUAAAGUUGAUGAAUAUGGCUACCUACUGAUGCAUGAUCAACUAAGAGAUCUUGGAAGGGAAAUUGUUCGUCUAGAAAAUCAAAAGAAGCCUCAAAAGCGUAGCAGAUUAUGGAUUCAUGAGGAAGUCAUAGAUGUGCUUGCACACAACAAGGGCACUAGUAAGAUCGAGGCCCUUCGUCUUGGCUAUUAUGGAGGGAAAAGCUGCCGAGGUGAACAAUUUAACAAACUCCCCAACUUGAGGUUCCUUCAAGUGUGUGGUGUGCAGUUCACCGGAGAUUUCCAAAACUUGCUUCCUCAAUUAAGAUGCCUUCAGUGGGAGGAUUGUCCCUCAGAUUUCGAAGUGGCCAACUUUCAUCCGAAAAAAUUAAUCGUGCUCAAUCUAUCAUAUAGUAGCAUUACAGAGAACUGGGGAGGAUGGGGUCCACUCAAGAUAGCAAUCGAACUGAAAGUUCUCAACCUCUCGUUCUGUGAAUAUUUGAGAAGAACUCCUGAUUUGUCUGCUUUCAAAAGCUUAGAGAUUUUGAUUCUUGAAGGAUGUUUCAAUUUGGAAGAAAUUCAUCAUUCUAUCUGGUAUAUCAAGACCCUCAUCUCCUUGAAUGUCAAUAGUUGUGAGAGACUGAAGGAGGUACCAGCAAGAGUAGGGAGAAUGGAAGAAUCGAGAGAGCUUCUCAAUGACAUUGCUAUAAAAGAGAUUCCUAUAUCGAGAGGUUGUUUGAUGAAGCCAAAGACUCUACAUGCCCUACAUUGUGAUAAAGUUGGUCAACUUCAAGAAUCCAUGGGCUCUCUUGUGUCGUUAACUAAUUUAGAACUACGUGGGACAAGGAUUAAAGAAUUACCUGAAUCCAUUGGUUCUAUGAAGGCACUAGAGACUCUUAAUGCCUAUUUCUGUAUAUCAUUAGCUCUCAUACCUAGCUCCAUAGGCAAUCUGACAUCUUUGUCUCUCCUUGACUUAACGCGAUGCUGCUCGUUGAGAGAGAUCCCCGACUCGAUUGGAAAGUUGGCAUCAUUGAUUGAGUUGCGAUUAGCGUGGACAUCGAUUACAAAAUUACCUGAAAGCAUUGGGAAUCUGCAAAAUUUGAGGAUCUUGGACAUCGAUGGAGCUCUCGUGACGGAAUUGCCUAGUGCCAUUGGGAUUCUAGCAAAACUCCAAGUGUUGAGUGCAUCAUGCUGCGAAAAUCUGAAAGGACUGCCUAGUAAUAUAGGCGAACUGGUUUCGCUAAACGAGCUUCGUUUAGACGGAUCGGGCAUUUUGGGCUUGCCAGAAAGCAUUUCUAAGCUCUCUUCUCUCCAACAGCUAAGUGUUCAAUUUUGCAAAAAUCUUGGAGGAUUGCCAGAACCGCCCUCUAGCUUAACAGCUCUGCAUGUAACUUUCCCAAGUCCAUCGUUACCAUAUCUUUCCAAACUAACCCUUCUCAAGGAACUCACUCUUUAUGAUUGCCGUCCACUUGAAUGUCUCCCUGAGCUUCCCGUCAGACUAUCGAAGGUUUCUAUUCGACGUUCUUAUAUGUUCAACAUGCCGAAUCUCUCAUUGAUCUACAAGUGCUUUGGGCUAAGAAAAGUCACCAGCUGCUGGGAGUCUGCGUAUUGCCUAGUCUUACACAUUGAUUAGGCAUUCCCAGAUUCUCCAGAGGCAACGAGCCCAAAUUGCAACUUCGAAGAUUCCGCGGCAAACAAAUGGUGCAAGUUGCAAGAAUCUAGUUGAAGUUCACGGGACCUUUCAAGUUCAAAACAUCUAAGGCUAUCAUGUGUCGCAAAUUGCAAGAGUCUGGUUAGUUUGGAUAACUCUGGUUGCAUGUCCAUUCAAUCACCUGACCUUUCAAGUUUAAAGAAUGAAGAUGGCAGUCCUGGUGAAUCAUCCGCAUACUGGUUUAUACAUGAAGUUGAUGUGGCGGAAAUUACAAAAUGUUGCAAGAACAAGCAGCUCUUUAAGAAAAAUCCUUUGACCAUAGUCAUCACAGUUUCUUAAGGAAGCUUCUCGAAGCAAAGUACAAAAACACAUAGGCAAAGGAGAGAGACCUGCUGGACUUGUGGCGCUCUGGAUUCUAAAAAUUCAUCAGGUUCUUUCAAGUAAAUCAUCAGGCGUGAAUUUGAUAUGCUGCAAGG